UUUAUCCAGAGAACCUUCUUAGCUUCUUUUACAUUAUUUUUCUUCUUCCUCAAGCCUCCCUUACAGCUAAACCAUCUCCUCAAAAUCUAGGGUUUUUUUUCUUCCUCCAGUGGCAAUAAAUAUAAAAUAGGAUAAUAAAUUCCUAAUCAGAACAAUCACUAUUCCAAGGCAUUAGUGUUGUAAAAUGGCGAGAGCUGCUGCUGCAACGGCUAAUCCAGGUGGUAGAAGCGGUGUCCGUAUUGUUGUUGCCGGUGACAGUGGUACUGGAAAGUCUAGCUUGAUAGUAACUGCCGCUGCUGACUCUUAUCCGCCCAAUGUUCCUCCUGUUCUGCCGCCUACACGGUUGCCUGAGGAGUUUUACCCUGACCGUGUUCCCGUUACUAUCAUCGACACUUCAUCUAGAGCGGAGGAUGCUGGUAAAGUAGCUGAAGAAUUGAGACAAGCUGAUGCAGUCGUUCUAACUUACGCAUGUGAUCGGCCGGAGACUCUUGAUCAAUUGAGUACUUUCUGGCUUCCUGAGCUUCGUCGAUUGGAGGUGAGGGUGCCUGUCAUAGUGGUGGGUUGCAAGCUGGAUUUAAGGGAUGAGAACCAGCCAGUAACCUUGGAGACAGUGAUGUCGCCAAUAAUGCAACAAUUUCGGGAGAUUGAAACUUGUAUCGAAUGCUCAGCAUUCAAACAAAUUCAGAUCCCAGAGGUUUUCUUCUAUGCUCAAAAGGCAGUACUCCAUCCAACUGGCCCACUAUUUGAUCAGGAAACACAAACUUUGAAGCCGAGGUGUGUCAGAGCCUUGAAGCGUAUAUUUAUUCUUUGUGAUCACGACAGAGAUGGCGCCCUCAGUGAUGCAGAAUUAAAUGACUUUCAGGUCAAAUGUUUCAAUGCUCCAUUACAACCUUCUGAAAUAGUUGGUGUUAAGAGAGUUGUGGAAGAAAAGUUACCUGGUGGAGAAGGCACUGAUAGAGGAGUCAAUGAACGUGGUCUUACUCUUACUGGAUUCCUUUUUCUUCAUGCAUUGUUCAUAGAAAAAGGUCGCCUUGAGACAACUUGGACUGUCCUUAGAAAGUUUGGAUACACUGAUGAUAUCAAACUUGCUGAUGAACUAAUCCCAACAUUCAAGCGAGCUCCUGAUCAGAGUGUGGAGCUCACAGGUGAAACUAUCGAAUUCUUGAAGGGAAUCUUUGAAUUGUUCGACAGUGAUUAUGAUAAUAACCUGCGACCAUUGGAACUUGAGGAUAUUUUUUCUACUGCACCAGAAAGCCCUUGGGAUGAGACUCCAUAUAAGGAUGCUGCAGAAAAAACGGCAUUGGGGGGGCUAUCAGUCAAUGCAUUUUUGUCAGAGUGGGCCUUAAUGACACUUCUAGACUCAUCUCGUGCUGUGGAGAAUCUGAUUUACAUUGGAUAUCCCGGUGAUCCCUCUGCUGCUGUCCGGAUUACGCGAAGACGGCGUCUAGAUCGCAAGAAACAACAAUCCGAAAGAAAUGUCUUCCAGUGCUUUGUCUUUGGACCUAAGAAUGCUGGGAAAUCAUCAUUGUUGAAUUCUUUCAUUGGAAGGCCAUUUUCUGAAGCUCCUUCUUCCAAUAUUGAGGAUUUUUAUGCUGUGAAUGUUGUUGAUCUACCUGGGGGAAUUAAAAAAACCCUCAUUUUAAGAGAGAUUCCUGAGAAUGGAGUUAAGAAGCUGCUUUCUGAUAAGGAGUCUUUGGCAUCAUGUGACAUAGCGGUCUUUGUUCAUGACAGCUCUAGUGAGUCCUCAUGGAAGAGAGCAACUGAAUUGCUUGUAGAAGUGGCCAGUCAUGGUGAGGAUACUGGCUUUGAGGUGCCUUGCCUAAUUAUUGCAGCUAAAGAUGAUCUGAUUUCGUUUCCAAUGGCAAUACAGGAAUCUACAAGGAUUACUCAAGAUAUGGGAACAGAAGCUCCUAUUCCCAUUAGUUGUAAGAUGGGUGAUACCAACAAUGUCUUCCGUAGGAUUGUUAGCGCAGCAGAACACCCUCAUUUGAGCAUUCCUGAAACAGAAGCAGGGAGAAGUCGUAAGCAGUACCAUCGGCUUAUUAAUCGCUCUCUUAUGUGCGUUUCAGUUGGAGCCGCUGUAGGCAUCAUUGGGCUGGCAGCAUUCAGAGUCUAUAGCGCAAGGAAAAAUACAUCUGGCUGAAGGAUAUAGAUUUGUUUUGUCGGGAAUGACUUCAUAUCGCCUUUGAUGGUGGUUCGUUAGCUGAGGCGGCUUGCUUGUAAAAUAUGCAAUUUAGCCUGAUGCCAUUUAGUUUUUGAGUUUGCAACUCUUUCCAUCAGGAAUUUCAUAAUUUGAGUGGGAGAGUUAUUGGUAGUUGAAUGUUUAGUUUUAUGUAUCAUGUUAUUGUGCAGGGCUUGUGCAAUAAUAAAGAAAUUUUGCCUGGUUCGCUGCUA